GUAAAAGUAUAAAUGACGCGUAAAAAUUGUCCUUGUCAUUGUCAACGUGUCAUUGCAUUUGAAAAGGGAAAAAUAUAUCUCGUGGAAAAUCAUGGAUGAACAAGACAUCCCCAUUGACAUUCACACGGGGAAGUUGCUGGAAUGGCUUGUCAGCCGGCGGGUUGUGGGGAAAGAGUGGCACAAAGCAAUCCCAGAUAUCCGGAAUAAAAUCAACAAUGCCAUCCGGGAUAUGCCUGCCAAUGAGGAGCUGGUUCAGCUACUUUCAGGAGCACACAUCAACUACUUCCACUGCUUGAAGAUUGUGGAGAUCCUGAAAAUGACUGAGGCGGACACGAAGAAUGUCUUUGGACGGUAUGGGAGUCAGAGGAUGAAGGAUUGGCAGGAGGUUGUGAAGAACUAUGAGAAGGACAGUGUGUACCUGGCGGAAGCUGCUCAAAUUCUCGUGCGAAACAUUACAUUUGAGAUUCCGAGUCUGAAGAAGCAAAUCACAAAGUUUGAGCAACUCAGUGAGGAGGCAGCGAAGAAGGCAAAGGACAUGUCCAAGUCUCAGAAUGCCAUUCGUGGGGAAUUUACGGUGCUUUGUCAGCAGUUGGGUAUAAAGGGGGAGGAAAUUAAGGCUGAACUGAAGGUUAAACUUGAGCAACUUCCUCAAAUGUUUGGGGAGAUCGCUGCGAAGGUUUCAGCGCUGGAUAAGGCGGUUAAUCUCUAUGGGGAGUACUGCAAGAAUAAAAAUUGCCUACAGAUCAUCCGGCAUGUUAGUACAGCGGGGAAUAGUACAGUUUAUGAAUUCCUCUACUCCGAAGCUCCUCUCUCAAUUGAGGAGCCCCAAAUUGAUUUUGGAGAUGACGAUGGGAAUCCUUCAUCGAAUGACCAAGAGAUUGACUUUGGAGAUGGAGCUAAUAUUGAUUUUGGUGAUGCUGGAGCUAUUGAUUUUGGCGAGAGUGACAUCACACUGCAGUCCGGGAAUGAAAUUGACUGGGGUGAUGGAGUUGAGGCAGUCACAGAUCCAGCAGAGAUAAAUUUUGACAUUUCCCUCGAGGAGAGUGGAAUUGUAGUUGAGGGUGGUGGACAAUCGGGCGGAGUAGCACGCGGAGAGGAAGCUCUCUCAAUUCUCGAUGCUCCCACAUAUCGAGAUAGAUUUAUCGAUGAACUCCUGGAGUUGGAGGCCUUCCUGAAGAUGCGACUGUACGAAUUGACGACCACAUCGGAGUCCAGCAUGCUCUCCAUGACGUUUCUCGAUGAAAUUGCCGGACAGGAUACGAAUACAAUUCAGCAGAUGAUUGUCAAUGUGGAAGUCGUCCUGGCCAACACCCUUCAGCCACAGCUUCAGUAUUUGCAUCAAGUUAAGCAUUCCCCGAGAUACAUCGACAUCUUGUCAGCAAAGGUGAAACAGAAGCUAACGGCAAUUGAUAAGUUGAAGGAGAAUGAGAAGCUUUCAAAGGAAAAAUCCGUAAAGUACUUGGAGGAAGCGGCCAAAUUGCGUCCGGAUCUCGAGAAAGCCAUCAAGCACACGAAGACGCUGCAGCAGCAAAUCGAGUCGGACAUCUCGAAGCGCUACAAGAAUCGCACGGUUAACCUCAUGGGUGGUGUAAAUACGAUCUAAUCGGCGACUAGACGUUGAAUAAACAUUUUUUUUUGUUUAA